CGAGCACCGUUGACAUCACUCUAUGUCUGGGGUGCAUCAUGGAGAGGACAAUUGGGUCUAGGCGACAAUGUAACAUCAUGCUACACACCCAAGCGCAUGACCGCAUUGCCAUCACUCUUGUCCAACAACAUCAACAUAACAACAGGAUCAUAUCAUGCAAUGUUAAUCAACAAGGUGUGCAAUGGAUGGGGUCACACCAUGGUCUUGGCUGAUGAUGGUCACCAAUUGCUUACCUGGGGAUCAAACAUGCAUGGACAAUGCGGCAUUGGAGUCAAGAGCUCAGAUGUCGUGAAGACUCAGCCCAUCAAGUCACUCGACCCUGGCAACAAGAUCAUUGACAUAUCAUGUGGCUCAGCUGCAUCUAUUGCCGUGGUGUCUUCUCAAGAUGGCAACGACACAUACAUCUGGGGAUCAUGUGGAGAUGGAAAGCUGGGCGGCAAUCAAACUAGCGAUCAGCUGACGCCAGAGAGGAUGCAUACACUGCCACGAAACGUGAAGCAGGUGUCCUUUGGCACCGAUCAUUGUAUUGCCCUGUGCUCAGACAAUCGAAUGUUUGGCUGGGGCUUUGGCCAGCAUGGUGCACUGGGCGUAGGCGGUGCAAGCGAUCAACUGCGCGUCUACAAGACACCCGUGGAGAUACCAUCGCCAGAGCUGGACAACAAAGACAUCCUGCACGUUGAAUGUUCGAUUGAUACAUCAUUCGCGAUCGUCAGAGACAGAGAAGUA